CUACCGCACCCAGUCGGCCAUGCAGCCUUCCCAAAGGCUUUUGACUCUCGUCUUCCUCCUAGGAACCUUGGCAUGGGGCCAGACAGCCAAGUUUGAAGAACAUGACUUUUUGCGGUUUUUGGGCUUAGAGAAAGCCCCUUCGCCUCACGGGUUCAAACCUGUGCCUCGCAUCUUACGGGAAAUCUUCCAGGCUCGAGAAGCUGCGGCGGCGGCCAGCAGGGUCCCGCAGGACUUAUGCUACGUGAAGGAGCUAGGUGUCCGUGGGAACCUGCUUCAGCUUCUCCCAGACCAAGGUUUCUUCCUCAACACACAGAAACCUUCCCAAGAUGGCUCCUGUCUCCAGAAGCUCCUCUACUUUAACUCAUCUGCCAUCAAAGAAAAGGGAAAGUUGACCAUGGCCCGGCUGACUAUAGACUUGGGGCCCAGGUCCUACUAUAACCUGGGACCAGAACUGGCGGUAGCUCUGUCUGUGGUUGAGGAUGGUGGUGUGUGGGGGCAACCCCACCCUAAGCCAGGCAGAAUGCUUGCUCAGCAGUCUGUCCCAGGGCCUCAGGGUCCUCUUCACUUCAACCUGCGGGGUGUGGUUAAGAAUUGGAACAGCAACAGACCAAAGAGUUUGGGCUUAUACUUAGAGAUUCUGGCCAAAGAAGAUAGAUACCCUGGGGCACAUGUCCAGUUUGAGAACCCCUGCGACCGGCUGAUACGUUCUCUCCACGUCUCCCUGCUGGUGGUGACCCUCAACCCUGAGCAUUGCCACCCUUCUUCCAGAAAAAGAAGGGCGGUCAUCCCUGUCCCCAAGGGUUCUUGCAGGACCCUCUGUCAUCGUCACCAGCUGUUCAUCAAUUUCCAGGACCUGGGUUGGCACAAGUGGGUCAUUGCCCCUAAGGGGUUCAUGGCAAAUUACUGUCAUGGAGAUUGUCCCUUCUCAAUGACCACGUAUUUGAAUAGUUCCAAUUAUGCAUUCAUGCAGGCGCUGAUGCAUGGGGCUGACCCCAAAGUCCCGAAGGCUGUCUGUAUCCCUACCAAGCUGUCCCCCAUGUCCAUGCUCUAUCAAGAUAACGAUGAGACCAUCAUCCUCAGACAUUAUGAAGACAUGGUGGUUGAUGAGUGUGGGUGUGGGUAGAGUGUCAGGAGUAGCAUUGGCGUGCCCUUAGGGGAAAUCCUCUAAUAAAACCACCAUUCUGG